AUGGGAGGUGUUAAAGCAGUAAUUUUAGUAGGUGGACCAAGCAAAGGUACAAGAUUCCGUCCAUUAUCAUUGGAUGACGUACCAAAGUUGUUGUUCCCAAUUGCUGGUAAACCAAUGAUCUAUCAUCAUAUCGAAGCAUGCAGCAGAGUCAAAGGCAUCACCGAAAUCAUUCUCUUGGGUUUCUUCCCAGAGAAUCAACUAUCAGCAUUCAUCGAACAAUCUCAAAAAGAAUUAAAUGUUCCUAUUAGAUAUAUAAAUGAAGUCAAGGUAUUAGGUACUGCAGGUGGAUUAAGUAGAUAUCGCGAGCAAAUUCUUCAAGGAAAUCCAGACUAUCUGUUUGUGUUGCAUUCAGAUAUCUGUUGUGCAUUCCCAUUGGAGGAUUUGUUGAACUUCCACAUCAAACACAAACGUAUCUGUACCAUUAUGGGUACUCGUAUUCAGAAGGAGUAUGCCAAUCAAUAUGGUUGUUUGAUUCGUGAUGAAAAUACAGCUGAAUUGAUUCACUAUGCUGAAAAGCCAGAGACAUUCGUAUCCGACAUGAUCAACUGUGGUGUAUAUUGUAUCUCACCUUCAUUCUUUGAUAUCAUGGCAAAGACUACCAAAGAUCUUCAAGAAUCUUUACAAAAUGUUACAUUAGACAGUUAUCCAGAGAUUACAAAGAAAGGAUUUGAACAAGGUAGAUUAAGAUUAGAACAAGAUAUCUUUGUACCAUUGGCCGGUACAAACUCUAUUGUUGUCUACCCAUACGUUGGUUUCUGGCGUCAAAUUAAAAAUGCUGGUUCACCAGUAUAUUGCCAAGAAUUAUAUUUGAGUCAUUACGCAAAGACUAAACCAGAGUUGUUAGCAAAGGGUGAUAAUAUCAUUGGUAAUGUUGUCAUCCAUCCAACAGCCACAGUCGAUCCAACCGCAAAGAUCGGACCAGAUGUUUACAUUGGACCAAACGUCAAAGUCGGUAAAGGUGUUAGAAUUUUCCACUCUAUCAUUUUAGAUGAAACUGAAAUCAAGGGUCAUGCAUGUAUUCUUUACAGUAUCAUUGGUUGGAGAAGUGAAAUAGGAUUUUGGGCAAGAAUCGAAGGUGUUCCAAACUAUACACCAUUCCUCUACUCUCAAGACAAGAGAAAGGGUAUCACAAUCAUUGGUGCUGGUGCACAGGCAAACGGUGAAAUCAUCGUAUCCAACUGUAUCGUCAUGCCACACAAACAAUUAGAUAGAAAUUACUGUAACGAAAUCAUCUUGUAA